GACGUUGACAAUCACUUGUGUAAAAUUUCGCAAAAGCAAAUUGUAAUUUCGCAGUUUCUACAGUUUUGCAAUGUGCAUCAUAAUUUGUCAACGUAUUUGUUAUUCAGCACUUUUUAAUUAAAAUUUGCAAUUAUCGUUAAGUUAAAAACAAUUUCUUAACAUAAUAACGCGUUAAACCUUACAUCAUACUUAUUUGUAAACACUAUAAACUGUGAUGUUUUUAAUUUAUUUCACAUGAAAGUGCGUCGCUUAAUUUCUGUUAUUUCUUUUACAAAACAGUUUUCUAGAAAGCAUCACAUGAUGGACAUAUUGCGCCAGUUCCAAAGUAUACCGUGGUGCAAACCUGACUGGUGCUAUCCAAGUAUGGGAAAAGAAAUGAAUGAUCUGUUAAAGCAAUGCAUAGACUUGCCCGCACCAAAGUUAAUAGAUGAUGUGUCAGAAAUUAUAGAGAGAAGCAAGAAUUUUCCCAUAUCCUUUCCCAUUGAAACUGUGAGAUUGGAAACGUUAAUAGAACGAAAACCACUGGAGAGAUUAAAGAGAAAUAUUAAAUCCACUUACCCAAUAAUACACGAGAGAGUGCUGUUGUUAAUGACACAUUUUUUGAUUUAUAAAAGGGAAUUUGGUUCAUCAAUAGAAAAGGCUUUUUACAACAAUAUGACUGUACCAGAAUUUAUCGAUAGGCUAUUAAAGAAACGUGCAGUUGCGUUCCUAUCGAAAAAGGAUACAUAUAAACUUUUAUCUGGUGAAAGUGGCAACGACGGCUGGGAGCAAAUCGGUACGCUACAACAGAAACCGCCCCUCGAGCUGGAGAACUGUCUCAGCUACGAUGAAAUCAAGCUCAGCGCCAUGGUGUACAUCAGCGGGUACACCGAAUGUAUAAACGAUGGCAGCAGGUGCAACAGCGGUGCGGUGGAUGAGGAGAAUGUGCAAGAUGAUGCUGUUAUUAUCGGUCUAAUCGGUCCACGCUUCGAGCGUCCGGAACGAAUGGAAUACGAAGAUAUAUUGAUAACGGAACAACAGAACGUUCUGGAAAAUGGAUACGGCGAAGAGGUUACACCGACCACGUGUCUUAAUGUAUUGAAAACAACAUACGUAAGGAAUAAUCAGUCGGCCAAACAUAUGUGGAGACAGAUUUGGUCGGAAUUCUAUCAGGCUCACAGCUAUACAUAUCAAGAACUAACCGCGUACGUGAACAUAACGGACAAACCAGACGACAAGAAGUUUCUAGAAAGAUACGUGAAGACACCACGCGGUGUGUUCGAUAAUGAACUGUAUUACAAGCGGAUAAGUGUUAUGGCCGAGUGCGCUUUAAUGGAGGCAGAGUGGAGAGGGAGGGAAGUGGGGGGGAGUGCGUUCUUAAAUGUUGUGGGUUGCGGUCUAGGCGUUUGGAAGUUGAGCCCGCACCAAACUGACGUGUACGUGCUCACGUUUCUGGAGCGAAUUCGAGCUUUCCUCAAGAAGGAUUUAUUGAACCAUGUAUCUGACGUUAAUUUUGCAUACAUAAAACCAAGUAAACCUAUAGAAGAUUUAUUUUGUAACAAAUCUGCAUCGGGCUCGUCGCCAACCGAGAAACGAAUAUUCUUCGAGAGUAAACGACAUCCCAAAGGUGGCAUUAACGUACAAAUAGAAAAGCGGGAGCCCUCUUCGAAACUGACGGGCGAACACGCGGGAAAGCUGCUAGUUAUGACGUAUCCUUGGGAUGGGAAUGCCCACCCUGGAAAUGAGUUUUGGCUAGGUAGCCUAUCAGGAUCUGGUGACCCCGCGGCGGCUUGUUCAACGCAAGUGUCGGAACUGCACAACGCACACAUCAACCCAGCUAUAUCUGGAGCUAAUACUAGAGUCGUUGGCCGAUACGGGCUGAAAACCUUGUCCGAGUACUGCAUUGCAUUGACAACGUAAAUAACGGUGUCACAUCGAUUUCGGUGCGGUUUGGUAACGGUAUUCGGUGACGUUAUGAUGGUUUGGAUAGAGGUCGGUGCGUAACGAUACCUGCUUCGAACGGUAUUGUGUUGGGACGGCAGUAGUUAAAGUUAUGUAGAAUAAUAAUAGUUGACACUUUUUGUAUGUAUAGCACAGUAAAUACCGAAAAUGUGGUUUGUUUUAGAUGUGUCCUAUAAAUUCGAAAUAUUUAGUGUCUUACUAUGAAUAUGCCUAACUAAUCGAGUAGCCGAAAUACGUAAUGUAGUGUAUCUAUCGUAAGCAAUUCUAUUCAUGCUGUUUUUUUUUUUCAGUGAAACGACUAUUCUUUUUAAUAACUUCGAAACGCAGUUUGAAUUAAUAAAAUUAAUGACGAAUAAGCUUUGUAAACCAUUUCAUAUGUAACGCUGAAUUUUGUGCAUUUAUGUUAUAAUAUAUCCAUUAUUAUAAUGGAUUAAUAUUAAAAAAUACAUACUUCUCAUAUCCAAGUUUGUAACGAUAUAACGCUAUGCCAUAACAUCUCUAUAACUACACUAUCUAGCACGUGUAUUAAAUCCCCAUAUAUAACCGUUUGUAACGGUUAUGCUAUUGUAAAAUAUCGGUGUGGUACCGAUACCGAUAACGGUACCUAAUUGUAGUGAUUUCGUAUCGCACUAAUGUUAAACGCACAGUAUCAAUAAUUUGAAUGAAAAAAGACUGAUAAUUGUAUGAAUGUGGCUUUAAAUUAAGGUGUAAUUAAUGUUGGCUUUGUCUAUUGAAUCGAUGUGAUAAUAAUUGGUGUCCAUUUAAUCAUGGAUUAUUUUUUUUGUAAUAUGAACUUUCUCGAAUCCAGUUAAUCUAUAUUAGUUUUCACUUUUAAUAUUAUAAAGCUGGAGAGUUUGUUUGUUUGAACGCGCUAAUCUCAGGAACUACUAGUCCGUUUUGAAAAAUUAUUUCAGUUUUAGAUAGCCCAUUUAUUGAGGAAGGCUUUAGACUAAA